ACAUCAGAGGAGAACCAUGAACGCUGCAGUAUUCUUCCUCGCCUUUGUGGCAGUAGUUGCAGCUGACAAGAUCCCCGACUUCGUCGUUCCAGGAAGAUGUCCUGUGGUGGACGAGAAAUCACUCUUCGAUGAUCAGAUUCCUAACCAUCCUAAGUAUGCUGGUGUUUGGUAUGAAGUUGCCCUCACAAACAACCCAUACCAACUCCUCAAGCAGUGCGUCCGCAACGAAUAUUCUUUUGAUGGACAGAAAUUCACCGCCAAGUCUACUGGCAUCAACGCUGACGGUAACCUCAUGAAGAGAAACGGCCAGAUUCUUCCCAUGCCUCUUGGAGACCCUCAUCUCUCCGUCGACUAUGAAGGAUCUUGGAUCGCUCCCUAUGUCAUCCUCGACACCGAUUACGAGAACUUCUCCUGCAUCUACUCCUGCACCGAAUACAACUUCGGAUACUACUCCGACUUCUCCUUCAUCUUCUCCCGGUCGCCGAAACUUGCUGACCAAUACCUGAGACGCUGCGAGGAGGCCUUUAAGAAGAUUGGUGUCGAUGUCUCCCGCUUCGGGAAAACAGUCCAGGGUUCCGACUGUCCCUAUGAUACUCAGAAAUCCCUUUAAAUAUACCUUUUCAUCAUAAUAUAUAUAUACGCAAACGAUAUGUCAAUAUUGUUAUGUAACUGAAUUCUCUAAUAAAUAAAUCGCGUGA